AUGCACCACCUGCGACAUGAAUACAAUGGGAGAGGCAACCUGUUUUUAGAAGAACACAUUGAGAAAAAAAACCCCAUCCAUUUAUUUGAAAAAUGGUAUCAAGCGGGUAAAGGUGAUCCCAAAACUGUAGAGCCAAAUGCUGUUUUUCUUACUUCAUGCACAAAAGAUGGUUACCCUUCUGGACGAGUUGUACUUCUAAAACGCUUUGGAAAAGAAGGCUUCACAUUUUCACCGCAUUUUAAUAGCAGAAUAGGGAAUGACUUUGAAGAAAAUCCUAAAGCGGCCCUCACAUUUUAUUGGGAACACUUUAGUCGAUCAGUUCGUGUUGAAGGCGACGUAGAAAAAGCCUCCCUGUCUGAGGGAGAAGAAAAUUUUCGCAAAAGACCGUAUGAACAUCAAAUUGCAGCUUUAUUGAGUGACCAAAGCCAGCCCGCUGAAAGCAGGAAAGAUUUGCAGAAAAAAGGAUCGGAAUUGAUGCAACAAUUUAAGAUUGGAGAAGUGCCAAAACCCUCUCAAUGGGGUGCUUACUUAUUGAGGCCUCAUCUGAUAGAAUUUUGGCAAGGGCAAACCGAUAGGUUGCAUGAUAGAAUCAGGUUUCGUAUCCCUAAAGAAGGUGAGCCAGAUAAUGUUUUAACUAAACAAGGAUUACAACGGGGUUUCCAAGGAGGAGGAAAGCUUCUUUUAGAGGAAGAAAUAAUAAAGAAGGAUCCAUCUGAUUUAUUUCGGAAGUGGUACGAAGAGGUUAAGGAAGACCCCAGAACUGAGGAACCCACCGCCAUGUAUCUGUCCACUUGUACCAAAGACGGUGUGCCAUCCGGACGUUUAGUGCUGCUGAAUGAAUUUGGGGCAGAAGGCUUCAAAUUCUUCACCCAUUACAUCAGCAGGAAAGGUCAAGAAUUGAAGGAAAAUCCCAGGGCUGCAAUUACAUUCAACUGGAUACAUUUCAGUAGAGAAGUACGAGUUGAAGGCGACGUUGAAAAAUUACCAGAUGAUGUUUCUGAUGUGGUUUUCAGCCAAAGGCCAUACUUUAGGCAGAUUGGGACUCUAUCCAGUAAUCAGAGUAAGCCAGUUGCAAGCAGAGAUGUAUUGGUCGACAGAGAGCGCCGUUUGAAAAAACACUUCAAAGAAGGACGUGUUCCCAGACCAGAUUUUUGGGGUGGCUAUCUUCUCAAGCCAAAAAUUUUUGAGUUUUGGCAAGGACACGCAGAUCACCUUCAUGACAGGAUCAGAUUUCGGUUCCCUGUCAGCAAUGAACCAGAUGGUGUGUUAACCAAGCAGGGAGAAAAUGGAUGGAUCUAUGAAAGAUUAUACCCUUAGAUUUGAGAACCACCGGUUCUCCUAUUAUUUAUCUCGUUUAUGUUUUUUUAGUUAUACGCUUUGUUGAGAACCGUUUCUUCUAUUAAUUAUCGCAUUUAUGUUU